UCAUCAACAGGAUCACACAGCAACCAUGAGGUCUCUUGUCUUUGUUCUGCUCAUCGGAGCUGCUUUUGCCACGGAGGACGACAAGAUCGUCGGAGGGUAUGAGUGCAAGCCGUACUCCCAGCCCCAUCAGGUGUCUCUGAACUCUGGCUACCACUUCUGUGGAGGCUCCCUGGUCAACGAGAACUGGGUUGUGUCUGCUGCUCACUGCUACAAGUCCCGUGUGGAGGUGCGUAUGGGCGAGCACAACCUCAGGGUCAAUGAGGGAACCGAGCAGUACAUCAGCUCCGCCCGUGUCAUCCGCCACCCCAACUACAGCUCCUACAACAUCAACAACGACAUCAUGCUCAUCAAGCUGAGCAAGCCCGCCACCAUCAACCAGAAGGUGAAGCCUGUGGCUCUGCCCACCAGCUGUGCCCCCGCUGGCACCAUGUGCACAGUCUCUGGAUGGGGAGACACCAUGAGCUCCACUGACAGUAACAGGCUGCAGUGCCUGGAUCUCCCCAUCCUGUCUGACAGGGACUGUGAUAACUCCUACCCUGGCAUGAUCACCGAUGCCAUGUUCUGCGCUGGAUACCUGGAGGGAGGAAAGGACUCUUGCCAGGGUGACUCCGGUGGCCCCGUCGUGUGCAACGGUGAGCUGCAGGGUGUUGUGUCCUGGGGCUACGGAUGUGCUGAGAGGGGUAAUCCUGGUGUCUACGCCAAGGUCUGCCUCUUCAACGACUGGCUGACGAGCACCAUGAGCAGCUAUUAAAUCUGAUCCUGUGAUCGUACUCCGCUGCCUUUCUUCCAUCGUUCUAACUCCAACAUUGAUGUAUAUGUUUGAACAAUGUGCCGCCUUUGAGCAUCUGAAUCAAUAAAGUUUUAAAC